UGGCUAUUGAUCCGGACACACUCUCCCAGUUGUGCGGCGCCCGAAGCCACGCCGCUCCCAACGAGGUGAGAGAAGAACCGGGAACACACGACGCCGGGGGCGACUGGCGAUGUUCUUCCAACAGCCGGGGACAUUAUUACAGCUCAGCACUCCUACACCCCACAACUACCAAAUCCAGGGAGGUGGUCCGGACUAAGCCAAUUUUGGCCUUUUGAAAAACCAUCAAGACCCUCUCGACGUCUCAAGUGCGGACUUGAUAGCUCACAGCUAGUGUUGCGCUGCCAUACACGGAUUUCCCCGCUCAACUAGGAUAGCAGACUAGAAAACUAUAGGACAUUUGUGAAAUCGGUGGGCGUCGAAUUGAUCGACUUUUAAAAGACGAGGAGUCACAACAUGGGCAGAGAACGCGAGUUCGGAGAUUAUGAAGAUGACGACGAUAGGGGAGACGUGGUGCCCCAAGAUGAGAGAGGUUCAAAUACCUAGCAAGGCACAAAGAUCCACAGGUGGAAUGGUGGACAUGCGUCGGGCCCACCCAGAACUGGGGCACCCAGGAGACCAUCUGGCCACUGAGCAAAGCCGCGCGGUCAGCGCAAGCCACGCCCAGGCUAGGGGACUUGUCCACGCCAAAGAAGAACUUCCAGACGGGGGUACAUGUUGGCAGACCCAUCUGGCAGUACAGCUGUGGCCGGUCGUCAGCCCUGGACUUCGUGCAACCCACCGCCAUGUCGGCCUCGGCCUCAGAGCGCGUCUCCCAGCUGGCACAACACAAGACGUACUCACGACACACGCCCAACAGAAAUGAGUUCCUGUACAGCUGCGGCCGCGUGAGUCCAGUGUGGCAAGUGGCCGAUCACGCCCAGAGCUGCGAACCCCGGCCGCACACGGUGGACCUGGCCCAGCACAAGCAGCCACACCGGGACUUCCAGCCGCACAAGGACAUCCCCUGGCCAGUCACAGAGGCCGCCCGCAGCGCCAAAGCCUCCGAGAGAAUAGACUCGCUGUCAAUGCCCAAGAACAGGCCCGACGGACCGUUCAGGGGCCCGGAGUGGCCGGUUUCAGAGUCGGCUAUGAACUCUGUGGCAUCUCCCCGUUGCGUAGAACUAUCACGCGCCAAGUCCCUGGCCGAUGGUUUCCAGCAUGCCCGUGAAAUCCAGUGGCCCGUGACCAAGGCAGCCCGUCGGGCGACUUCAUCUGGCCGUCUCAGUGAACUGGCACAGCCCAUUCAACGCGUCAACAUGAACAUCCUGCAGUUCAACCCAGACGCUUUCCAGGUCAAGACCACAGCACUCAAAGGCCGAUUAUCUUCCAGGGUCAACGAGCUUGCCCAGCCCAUUAAUAGAUAAUUUUUAUUUUAAUCUUUAUCAAAAUAAUAUCUCCUGCUGAACUGCAAAAUAGCACAAAAGCCAAGGUUGCCUUUCAUUCAUUUUUUUUUUCUUGACUCUGGUUCAUCAUAUAAAAAAAAAAUCUUCCUGUCUCUUCAGCUGUCCAGAGAGAGAGGGAGCAGAAAGUCGCUGUGACUUUAACGCCUACCGUUAUUUAUUUGUGUGUGUGUAUAUAUACCAUGUAUAAAGUUUUGUACAUAACCUGCACACUUAAUUACCACUUGUUCUGAUCAAUAUAUAGGAGGGAAACAAGGAUUUAGAAAAGCAGUGCACUAUAAGUACCGACAGUUAGAGUUACAACUUUUUUUUAAAACGAUUGUUUCAAACUCUCAUUAAAGUGUGAAAUGCCAUGUCAAAGAAACUUCCAGCUUCCAGGACGUUCAGUCAAGUGGAAUCAUCCAUAGGAUCUCAAGAGUCCCAUACAGGCUUAGCAACGUGACAUGACCAUGACCCUGUCUUCCCUUUGACUAUUAAAGUAAAUACACCCUCAGUUUAUUUUUGUGGUGUUGAAAAAAAAAAGGCAGACUUAUCAUCUAGUUUGGCACAUGCUAUAAAAACUGUUAAAUCUAUAUACAUGUAUUAUAUAUUAAUGUAGGUAUGUUUAAAUUGUGGUACGUGUUACAGUUUGACACCAUUCAGUAUUAAAAGCAGCUCAUUGACUUUUCUUUGACCUGUGCAACAUCAAUACUACAUUACAUUGAUUUUCUCGGAAAUGUUUUACUGUAAUAAAUGCAAGUGUAUUACUGUAAUCAU